AUGCACACCAAGAAGGGUCAUCCAAGAAGAGAGAUUAGUGUUGUUCAGGAUGGACAACACGUUGAAGCAAGAUCGAAAAUCAGAGAGUCGAUCGUAGAGCAAGCCCGCUCGACUGAAAAAGAGUUGAUCGAAGAGGACGCGACCGGGAUAGUACACGAAUCGAAAGAAAAUUCCGGCGUUCCUGAGAGCAAUAACUCCCGAAAGAGUUAUGUUGAGGGUGUGGAUCCCCAACCACCUGCGGAUGUGUUUUCCCAGGAAAUCACCGAAUCAGUGAAUGUCUUGGUGAAUGACGGAUCAAGUGUAGGCGCUUAUACACUUGAUCUGGUUACGCCCCCGAAGUCAUCUUCGGAGGUAGUCAAGCUGCCAACGUUAGAAUCUAAAAGAUUCUUGCGAGAUCUGCGUGGUGACAAGAUCAAGCAGAUCUGCGUACUAGUCACAGAGGAUGAGUACGUCGACAACAUUCGGUCGGCACAAGUGUUCUGA